UAUUCAUGAAACUCACCAUUAAUUAACUCCAAAUUGAAUUUGUAGCAAAUAAAAUAGUUCCCUCUGAAAGAGAAAUGAAAUUUAUUCCAUAAAAAUAAAAUAGCGAUCCGCAAGCAACUAACGUUUAUGAUUGUAAUAAAUAUUUAGUUCUAUUCUUUGGAUAAAAGUUUUCUUUCCAUUAGAAAAAAAAUAAUAUGAUUAAUGAAAAAAAUGAUCUCAAAAAUAAACUUUAUGGUACAACAGUAAAAUGUCCUGAUUUGUAAAAUGUUACUUGAACAGCAUGAAAAAAGUAAGCAAU